UGAUCAGGUUGCUAUAGACUAAAAUCCUUCAUCGACUUCUUUGGUUUAUAGCCACGAGGUUUUUAGCAAUAUUUCAAUUUAUUAGUGAAAUAAUAAAAAGAGAAUUUGUAUUCUUUUGGGAAAAUGCCACCCAGCAAUCCAUUGCCGCCUAAAGAAAAUGCUCUUUUCAAAAGAAUUUUGCGUUGUUACGAACACAAACAAUAUAAAAAUGGGCUGAAGUUUGCAAAGCAAAUAUUAUCCAAUCCAAAAUUUGCAGAGCAUGGAGAGACUCUAGCUAUGAAAGGCCUAACACUGAAUUGCCUUGGCCGUAAAGAAGAGGCAUAUGAGUAUGUCCGUCGCGGUCUACGUAAUGAUCUGAAGUCGCCAGUGUGCUGGCACGUAUAUGGACUUCUUCAACGAUCUGAUAAGAAAUAUGAUGAGGCAAUUAAAUGUUACCGUAAUGCAUUGAAGUGGGAGAAGGAGAAUAUACAAAUUCUACGUGAUCUCUCCUUACUUCAAAUUCAGAUGAGAGAUCUGGAAGGAUAUAAAGAUACUCGAUACCAACUCUUUAUGUUGCGACCGACACAAAGAACAUCAUGGAUUGGGUUUGCUAUGAGCUACCAUCUACUAGGAGAUUAUGAAAUGGCAAACAGCAUUAUUGAUGCUUUUAGGACUAAUCAGAUGAAGGGUCCCUAUGAUUAUGAACAAUCAGAAUUGUUAUUAUACCAGAAUAUGGUAUUAGCCGAGUCUGGACAGUAUGAAAGAGCUCUGCAACACUUGCAAAAAUUCCAAAAUCAGAUCUUAGACAAGUUAUCUGUUAAAGAAACCUCUGGUGAAUAUUAUUUGAAAUUAAAGAGGUUUAAGGAAGCUGAAGCGGUGUAUGAAGAUUUGCUCAAGAGGAAUCCAGAGAAUGUGAUGUAUUAUGAGAAAUUAGUUGAAGCAAAACAGCUUAGUAGUCCUGAUGAAAAGGUGGCUUUCUAUGAUGAUUAUAAGUUAGAGUAUCCGAAAGCAAUUGCCCCCAGAAGGCUUCAGCUUACUGAAGCUUACCUGCCUGUUUUUGAGCGGCUCAUUGAUGAGUAUUUGAGGCAUGGCUUACAUAAAGGCAUCCCUCCACUAUUUGUGGACUUGAGGUCGUUAUAUGUAGACGAAAGCAAGGCAGACACAAUAGAGAAAUUAAUUUUACAAUACAUAGACAAUUUGGCAAAGACUGGUGUGUUUAGCACUAAGCCAGAUGAAGUGAAACAGCCAGCGAGUGCAUUACUAUGGGCGUAUUACUUCGCGGCACAACAUUUCGAUUACAAGCAAGAUACAACAAAAGCUCUAUUUUAUAUAGACGCGGCGAUAGAACAUACACCUACAUUAAUAGAACUAUUUAUUGUCAAAGGAAGAAUAUAUAAGCACGCCGGCGACCCGGUGUCGGCGUACGAGUGGCUGGAGGAGGCGCAGGCCAUGGACACGGCGGACCGCUACGUCAACAGCAAGUGCGCGCGCUACAUGCUGCGCGCCGGCCACGUCAAGCGCGCCGAGGACAUGUGCGCCAAGUUCACCAGAGAAGGUGUCCCAGCAACAGAGAACCUAAACGAAAUGCAGUGCAUGUGGUUCCAGACAGAAGCAGCGGCUGCUUAUCAGCGCUUGCAGCGGUGGGGUGAAGCUUUAAAGAAAGCACAUGAAGUGGAUAGGCACUUCUCGGAAAUAAUCGAGGACCAGUUCGACUUCCACUCGUACUGCAUGCGCAAGAUGACCCUGCGCUCGUACGUGGGGCUGCUGCGGCUGGAGGACGUGCUGCGCUCGCACCCCUUCUACUUCCGCUGCGCGCGCGUCGCCAUCAGCGUGUACCUGCGCCUCUACCAGCACCCGCUGCAGGACGUGCCGCAGACGCAGGAGCCCGACACAGAAAAUCUCGCGCCAUCGGAGCUAAAGAAACUCAGAAAUAAACAGAGGAAAGCGAAACGCAAAGCUGAACAGGAAAGUGCGCUGGCGGCACAGGUUCAGGUGAAACGUGAACAGCACCAUAAAGCGAGACAGCAGCAAGAACAAGGCGAUCCAGAAGCUCCACAGCUUGAUGAGCUCGUUCCGGACAAACUUGCUAGGGCAGAGGAUCCGUUAGAGCAAGCGUUAAAAUUCCUGCAACCGUUGCGGACGCUCGCCGCGGACCGAAUAGAUACUCAUCUCAUGGCCUUCGAAAUAUACUUUAGGAAAGAAAAGCCGCUCCUGAUGCUGCAGAGCAUAAAGCGCGCGUGGAGACUCGACAGUCAGAACGAACACCUCCACGACUGCCUGCUCCGCUUCCGGACCUGGCUGGACGACAAGCAGGCGGGGCUCCCGACCGGCGUGACCACCGUGAUCGACAAGGAGACCCAGCCGAUGUUCAAGGGGCGCAGCCCGCAGACGAUGGCGGAGGAGUUCGUGGCCGGCCCGGCGCUGCGCUCGCAACGCGGCGCGCUGUGGGGCGCGCGCGCGCUGCGCCGCCUGCAGCCCGCGCCCGCGCCCGCCGCGCUCGCGCUCGCCACGCGCCUCGACCUGCCCGGCCUCUCCAUACAGGGAUGCGUCGAGGUGUUGGAGAGUCUCCGCGCGGGCGACUUCGGCGAGUGCGAGAAGGAGACGGAGCAGUACGUGCAGGCGUGUCGCGCCAAGUUCCCGCACGCGCUCGCCUUCAAGCCCGACGCGCCGCCCGCCGACGACGCGCAGCCCGGGGACUUUGCCCUCGACAACUGAGCGACCACGACUCGUUAUCACCCGCACAUUGGAGGUGUCGGUCGGUCGGAGAGGAAGGAGAAAGAAUCUGGCUUCUCGGUCGAUAUGAACCCUGAUGUGCCCUCCGGUCCCGCUUCACCGGAUAUCGGAUUCGGGUCGUCAGCGGUCGUUUGAACUCAUCUUUAAUAGUAAUGUCUCUCAUUGAAAACUACUAAUAAGCUGAAACGGUUUGGGUGUUUUGUCAUAUCAGUGUCACAAAGACUAUAAUUGGCCAGUUUAUUCGAAUACGAGUUGAAAACGCAACUCUUAAUUACAUACAAAAUAAGUUAUUGAUGUUAGUCGACGACGAUGAAGCAUAAUUUUUUUCUGAUUUAAAAAUUUUUGGAGCUAAUAUAAUAAAAAGUAAACAUUUUUUCUGCUGUUUAAAAAUUAAUAUGCCAUAUAGAAGACUGUAGAUUUGCGAUUCCGAAAGUAAAUUUUAUUGACUAACCUUAUUGUAAAUCUUCAAUUCAUUACAAUAUAAAGUAUUACUUAACAAUAACAUUGAUUUUAAUUUUAUGAUGAAAUGGGUCGACAUGUUCCUUCUUAGAUUUAAGUCCCAUUCGCUUAAAAAUUUACUGUUAUUGUUAUUUUUUUUUGUAAUAAAUGAACGACUCCAUUUACGUAAAAAUUUUUUAAGUGUCAAGACUGUAAGAACAAAAACUGUAAUAUUUUAUGACGAGAUGAUAAAAAAAUUGUACUUUUUUUUUAUUCCAUUAACAAAUCUUGUGUUCAUCAAUAUUCAAAUAACGUAUUAUAUAAUUAGGAUUUAUUAAAAAUGGCUGGUUUUUGUAAAAAAAGUGUGGCAAAUUCUUAAACCUCAUGCAAUAUUAACUAAACUGAGGUUUGCUUUGUAAAUAAUUCUUAUAAUUAAGUUUUUAUUGUACAAUAAAGUUAGAUUCCCAAAAGUCUUUGUCAACUUAAAAUUUAUUGACUGUGUGGGGCGUAGAAUGAAAUUUGUAAUCAUUUGAUUGACAACAUGGAUAACUGUAAUUGCCUUAGGUUUUAUUGUUUUUAAUUUCAUUGUAGAUAUGUGUAAAGUUUGGACAAUAAUUAUAAUUAUUGAAUACACGAAAUCUUCAUAACCACUUUACUGUGUGUAGUUUGAAAAGUAAAUGGUUUUAUCUAGUGAGAUGUUUCGGCUAUCUUCACUGAUUGCAGAACAUUAAGGCAAAUAUAUUAUGCUAUCAAACAUUUUCUGAUUCAAAUAAUCAAGAAAAAAAUGUAUUGUUUUUAAAUAUUGAAAGCCAUCCUGUUCUGCUCAGAGGAGUUGUAUCACAUUCAAUGUUUCUUCGGAACAACCAUGUUGAUUUUUUUUUAGUUUGUGAUUGGAGUAUUUUGUACCCCUGUCAUCUUGUACAUAAAGUAAUAAAAUUUUAUUUUACAAAUUUA